CUAUUAUGGAAAAAAAGAAAAGAAAUCCACCACAUUCUAUCUCUCUCAUCGGAGGGUGAUUCCGUCUCUGGGAUUAAUGGGGAGGAUUCCUUCCUCCUUGGCCUUUCACGAAAGUCUUCUCCUCCUUAUAUUAAGUUUGUGUUGCUGUUCCUUAUAUUAAGUUUGUGUUGCUGUUGUGAGUUGGAGGAGGAUGGAACCCCAUUGCUAAACGAUCACCUUCUAAGAGAGAUACAACGAACAGAAGAACUAAUGUCUUGCAUCGUAGAAGGCUCUGCGCUUGGCAGGGCAAUCGAAGGGUCUGCGGCGUCGGUAGUUCCCCGGAAGAGUUUCUCAUAUUGUAAGCUCCCGCAGCAGCGGCAACUCCUGAAGCUCACUGUCCUGAAAUUGGACGGGACCUGCUUUGAUGUACAAGUUGCUAGGACAGCUUCAGUUGGGGAGCUCAAGCAAGCUGUGGAAGAUGUGUUUAAUCAAUCUCCCAAGGAGGACCAUCGCAAGAUUUCGUGGUCUCACGUUUGGGGACAUUUCUGCCUGUGCUAUGAGGGUUACAAGCUAAUUAAUGACAAAGAGUUCCUCCGUGACUUUGGAAUCAGGGAUGGAGAUCAGGUUGUGCUUCGAAAAUUGGAGAUUUGUGGUAUUUCAUGGUUAGAAACUGAUGAACAUGAGAAAGAUGUAGUGAACUUGCUGUCGAUUGAACAACGUUAACAAUGCUCCCAAAGGUACAAUGAGAAGCAGGCAGUAAGGCACUUGUUUAACUACACUAAAAGGCAAAUUGAUUUGCGCAUGAGGUUCAAAUGCCAAGUGAAAUGAUAAUUGCAUAUUCAUGUGCAAUUUGAGGAGAAGAUCCCACUACUUGCAAAACCAUCGGAACUGAUUUUGUUUCUUUAUGGGGAAAAAUAUUUUAUCUUGGAGCAACAAAAACAACUCACACUAUCAAAAACUGCAGUAUUUGGAGCAGACUGCAAUGCCAUGUUGCAUUCAUUACAGAGGCCUCACUGAUUUGCCGUCUUACCAUAUAGGGUCAGCCCAUGACAAGCUUUUUUGUUAUGUCGCCAGUCAUCGCACCAUUGUAUGGACCAAAUACUUGGCAGGAGGCAAGCAUAUUCUCGUGAUCAACAUUUGCACGGUUGAAAGUUGAAAUCCAUGUAUUCAUUCUUAACUGAUUAGAGAACAAGUUGCUGAGAGUAGCGCUUUCAAAUAUGCAUUUGGGAACAAAUCAACCAUGGAUUUGACUUGCACAAUUUGCAAUUGUGAAUGGGGCAGUGUGAUUAUUAGAAAUGCAAGACAGGGUCAUCAUUUUAAACAUGCAAAGGCAGUUUUAUUGUCUUUUUGCUAGUGGAGUGCACCAUUUAAUUGCA